UGCAGACGACUUGAUCCACAAGUUAAAUAUUCUACAGAAGCAUUCAUCUGUUUAACUUUGAUAAAUAUUAGGUUCAGUAUUUCUCAUGUAUUGUCGUCCAUUUUGUUUUAAUUCGCGAUUGUGUUACUACUCCUGUGACUGUCACGAUUGUGAUUCGUCAAUAACGCAGCAAGAAUGCCCAAAUAGCGAUGACUUGUGUUACACUAUGAAAGUUACAUCAGGUGCAGUUACAAAAGGAUGUAUCAGCCCUGAUUUGACUUCCAUUGUUUGUAACAAACAAGACAACUGCUUGGUCUGUGACGGCAAUUAUUGUAACUCUUCCACUAAUCAUUUUCUUGCGUUACCAACACUAGUAGCAGUAACACUCGGAUUUAAAUUGUUAUUUUAAAAAAUGUAAAAAAAAGAAAGAAAGAUUUAUGAUUACCAACAACCAGAAAACAAUCUAAAAUUACAACCAAUAAAGAGAUUAAAAGCAAUAAAAUUGUGAAAAGAGUAAUUAUUUUAUAGCCCUUUUAUGUGUAAACCGAUAAAAGUAAAUUACCACAAUUCACUGACUAGAAGCCCUCACAAUGUAUCCACCACAAAUUGUAUUUUUUCUAACACUAGUGCCCUUAUUUUUAACCCAAAAUUCAAAAAAGUGUUAUUCAUGCCAAGGCAACUGUACUUCAACAAGUGACGUAACAGAGUGCUCAAGCCCUGACGACAAAUGUUUUGCUUUCGAAUUUUCACAAAACGGCAUUGUUGUCCAAUCCAAAGGCUGUCUCAGUCCUAAUCUCGCCGAGUCUUUGUGUAACGACAAUUCAAAGUGUUACACUUGCGAUUACGACCUGUGUAACACCAUUACAGACCCUGGAGUCAAAGAAUGUUAUGUCUGUAUUGACGAAUGCCUCGAACCUCCCCAACAACACAAUUGUCAAAAGGUCUUGACUGCAAGUGAAGGUCGGAUUGUCAAGGCUGCUUGUCUUAGUUACGAAAUUAAAAAUGGAGACGAAGUUGCAAUUUCUAAAGGCUGCAUCCAUGAUGACAGUGCAAUCAGAUCGACUUGUCUCUAUUCAAACACUUUAUACCCGCAAGUAACUUGUAAAAUUUGUGAUAAUGACCUUUGUAACGGCAAAGAAAUUCCUGACGAAGACAGUUUUGUCGAAGAGUGUUACUAUUGUAACCAAGUUUGUGAUGGACCGUUGCAAACACAAAAAUGUGUGGAUGUUGUCGGACAAGGAGUCAGCACUAAAUGUGCAGCUCUUGAAGUUACUUAUGGGAGUGAGAAAUAUGAGUUUCGAGGUUGUGUCGAAGAUAAUGCCCAAAUCCAGGCUAAUUGUACUCUUCUGAAUCAAAUUGGCGGUAACUGUACACUUUGUGACACGAAUUUGUGUAACAGCAAUCACAAAGAAAUUAAUUCCGUUGAUGAGUGUUACCAUUGUGAAACGGAUUGUGAUGAAGUUGAAAUACUUAAAUGUAAAGAUGUUUUGGGAGAUAAAGCUGCCAAAUGUAUUGCAGCUGUGAUAAUUGACGAAGAUGAAAAAAUUGAGUGGAGAGGUUGUGUUGAAGAUAGUGAAGAAAAUAGAAAUGAUUGUGACACUAUUAAGGAACAAGGAGGUAAUUGUACAAUUUGUGACACUAAUUUGUGUAAUCAUAAGGAAAAUGGCGGUGGCGAUGAUGACACAAGUGAAGAAGAAGAAAAUAACUCGAGUCUAAGAAAUAAAACAACAUUGUAUGUUUUCUUAAUUCUAUUUUUAAUAAAGUUUGCUUAAAGAUUAAUAAACAAAUAAAUUGCAAGAG